GCUUCGCCAUGAUGCCAUAUGAACGUAUUAAAAUAAAUACUCUAUAAAAUAUAUUACAUUGUGCAAAUAACACUAUAUUUUCAUAUUAAUUCUCCUCAAAAUAUUACUCUCAAAAAACUCUGAAAUUGAAAUUACAAUAUUUACAGUGUGUGUGUUCUUCAUUGUGACGUCAUAUCGCUCAGCUGUCUUGCGUAAAUGGCAAUUCUAUACUUUAGAAUGAUAGUGUAAUAAUUUGUGUGAUUUAAAUAACCUAAUUAUUUAUAAGAAAAUAACAACGGCGGUCUUUAGAAACAAGCCUGGCCUCCACUGACUCCUCGGGGGACGACGGUGCGGGGCACCAGCCGCCACGAAAGAGGUGUCGCAAGUCUUGUCCAUUGUCUGAAACUUCUUUGGAAAUGCAGCAAGGUACCAAUGGCUUGCAGUUAAAUGGGGCUGGUUCAUCCGCCCCUGAGGCCAAUGGCAAUGGACACACGGCUGAGACCGAUGCACCGAAAGAAGUCCCUCGUAUACCCAUGGAUAAAGUCAACCAGGAUAUUGUUCGCAUAAUUGGACAACAUCUCAGAUCAGUUGGACUUGAACAUAGUGCAGAUGUAUUGAUGCAAGAAUCAGGAUGUCGCUUGGAGCAUCCUGCUGCAUCCAUGUUUAGACAACAUGUCAUGCAAGGUGACUGGUCUAAAGCUGAUCAUGACUUGAAGGAACUGCAAACAUUAUUAGAAAAUGAACCUGGAACAAAACAUAAUUUAGUGGAAAUGAAGUUUUUGUUAUUGGAACAAAAAUAUUUAGAACACUUAGAAGAUGGACGUCCACUAGAUGCAUUACAUGUACUACGAAAUGAAUUAACUCCAUUACAACAUAAUACGCCUCGAGUUCAUCAGCUCUCUUCUUAUAUGAUGUGUGCUGAUUCUGCAGAGUUAUAUCAAAGGGCUUCUUGGGAAGGUAAAGGCAGUAAAUCACGCACACGUCUUAUGGAACGUCUACAGGCAUUUUUACCUCCAACUAUCAUGCUUCCACCCCGAAGAUUGCAAACCCUUUUGUCCCAAGCAAUUGAUAUGCAAGCGAAACUUUGUAGUUACCAUAAUACAUCAAGGGAAAGCACAAUGGAGACUGUUUCAUUACUAAUUGACCACGUAUGUCCCACAAAUAAUUUUCCAAUGCACCAUGUCCAAACAAUUGCAGACCAUUGUGAUGAGGUAUGGUUCUGCAAGUUUUCUCCAGAUGGUUUAAAGUUAGCCACUGGCUCCAAAGACACUACGGUUAUUAUUUGGAAUGUUGAUCCGAUUCGCUGUCAAUUAACACAUAGAAGAACAUUGGAGGGACAUUCUUAUGGUGUUUCAUUUCUAUCCUGGAGUCCUGAUUCAAAAUAUUUAAUAGCAGUUGGUCCAGAAGACUGUCCUGAACUGUGGCUCUGGAAUAUGGAAACGGAUGAGCUUCGAGUUAAAAUGACUCACUCAAAUGAUGACAGUCUUACAUCAGCUGCAUGGCAUAAGGAUAGUACUAAAUUUGUUACUGGUGGCAUCCGUGGCCAAUUUUAUAAAUGUGACUUAGACGGUGGCAUAGUUGAUAAUUGGGAAGGUAUAAGAAUUAAUGCUCUGGCUUGUCGAUCUGAUGGUAAAACGGUAUUAGCCGCCGAUACCCACAGAAGAGUACGUUCUUAUGUAUUUGAAGAUCUUGUUGAUUCUAAUAUUAUACAAGAGGAACACCCUGUAAUGGCAUUUACAAUUGAUCCUACCGAUCGAUUGGCAUUGCUGAAUGUUGCCACUCAAGGUGUACAUCUGUGGGAUUUAGAAGAUAAAUGUCUUAUUAGGAAAUUUCAUGGCUUAAGUCAAGGUCAUUUCACAAUUCACUCAUGUUUCGGUGGCGUUAAUAAUGACUUUGUAGCCAGUGGUAGUGAAGAUACAAAGGUAUAUAUAUGGCAUAUCAAUCAUGAAGCACCAAUAGCAACAUUGACUGGACAUUCAAGAACUGUUAAUUGUGUUUCAUGGAACCCGGUGUAUCCUAAUAUGUUAGCUUCUGCUUCAGAUGACUGCACAGUUCGUUUAUGGGGACCUAAACCAGUUCACAAUAGACCUACAGAUACCAGCGACAAUGGCUGGAACUCUUAGAAGGGCCUGUAUGCGAAUGUUUUUGAUUUAAGACUGACUGUCUAUAACAGAAGAUAGGUCUAAACUCACUGCCCCACAGGUUAAGGGUAUACCCACUUACACCAUUAAAUUAAGAGGUAGUUAUAUUAUAAUUAACUGUUAUGGUGCAAGAGUUAGCCUGAAAAUGGACAUGCUGCAUCUGAUAUGGAUAUUUGUGUACCAGAUUGAUAAAUAAACUUAAGUAAUAUUAUAUGUACUCACGUAUGUGCGCACAGAAUAUAAUUGGAUCAUAUACAUUUUUGUGGUAUUUAUACAAAUAUGAGGAGAGAAUGGUAAGAAACGAUUAUAUAGAUUUUAGUACUUUGUUUGGAGGCAUUGUAAUGGUGAUAAGUAAACACAUACAUCAUGCCAUGAUAUAUUAUAAUCAUUUAAUAUUAUAUAUGUGCGCAUAGCACCAGUCAAAUUUUAAUUUUUGACUUAACGAAAUUGUUUUGAAAUUUUGUAAAUUUACCUAAAUUUGGUUUUUGUUAUAGAAUUCAAUAUAUAUAGAAAUUUUGUUCUCAUUAUUAUUGUAAGAUUAAGUUGUGAAACCAGUGUCAAAUAUUAUUAUAAAUGUUACAAAGGUAGAUGUGAAGCACCCAAGUUUUUAAAUGUGCCUCUAAACACCAACUUAUUAACAUCAAUUUUAUCCCAGUCAUAAUAAAUUUCCAGUGCUCUAAUGGGUUUUUAAAAUAAAUUUUUAUAUUG